AGUUCGGUAAACAAAUAUUGUAAACAAUCGUUAUCACUUAUCACUCACUGCGUUAUCACAGUAUUAGAUCUGCUUACCUGCAAGAGUUGUGCGUGUGCAUUCCAACAACACUUGAAACCAGUUUUCCAAAUUUUAAUAAUACCCUCGAUUUCCUGCGAAGGAAGUUCAAUCUUCAAAGUGUGAAGGAGUUGACAGAUUCCCGUCAACCCACUCAAGAACAAUUUAUGUGAAAAAGAAUUCUAGUGCCAUCCGGCUGACUGACAUUUUUGUUACAUUGCAGUAUUUAUUAUAAGAGAAAACCAAUGAGCCAUUUAUUUUAUUCGUAACCAAGCAGAUCAAAAGAUAGCUCUGUGACCCUCAAGAGCAUUCAACCAUCCCUCUACAUUUUUGUGUGAUAACUUUGCAGCACAGGCAAGAAUAGACAUCUCCUCAGAUCUCUCAAGAACUCAAGGACGUGUUUCAGUGCACGGGAUUUUAAAUCAGCUUGAAUCUCUUUCCUGAUUUCAGUAACCUUAGAAAUUCUCUAAUAUCCUUCAUGAAACCAUUAAGGGAAAUACAUAAUAAAAUAAAUUUAUAUUCUUUCACUUUUCGAUUAAUUAAGAGGCAUAUUACAGGGAUUACAUGAAUAUCUCUUUUUUGACACCAGAAAUCGCAAUUCACAAACUUUAACUUACAUACCUGAUCUUCUAUCCAGAGAAAAAAACUAAUUUUUUUUCAGACCAAGCGAUAUAUUUUUAGUCUUUCAUCUACUAUUCCCGUUAUGCCAUUCUAGGAAAUGUCAUUCUUCAAAUGUAUUAUUCAAGGAUUUUUUUCUAUAACAGGACAAUUUUUCCUCCUAUCAAUUUUAAGUGGUGCACUUGAAAUUUUAACGAUUUUUAAUCAUGACCAAGAAAGUCAUUACCCCUUGAAAGAGGUUCAUUUUCAAAAUUCCUCUGUAGCAUGUAGCAAUGAUCUGCAGUCAAACAAACUCUGCUUUUUUAAAGAUGUUUAUUUCAUCAAAAAUAAUCAAACCUCAGGAUCUUUUGUAUUCAUGUUGGAUAAAUACUCAAUGAUUUCUGGGCUGGGUAAUCGAAACGAUCUAAAAAUCAUAAAUUUAUCGGCAAUAAAGAAUCAUCCCAAAAUGUUUAUGGAUAUUAUAAUGGUUGAUGGUGCAGAGACUGCUAACAGAAUUUUUUCUCAUUUGAUAGCGGCAGAAAACACACAAAUUAUCAAAAAGGACAACCUAGAAUCUCGUGGUGGUCACUUUACAUCGACACCACCAAAAGAUAUUAAUGAACUUCUUGAAGUACACAUAUCGGUCUUUCAUCAACCAAUUUUUGUCAUUAGCCGCUUUAAGUGCGAUAAUCUUAUGCACGUUUUUCAUGAUGAUCUAUUGCCUCUUUUUGUCACCUACCAUCACUUAUGUGACGGAGAUAUUGACCGGUGUAUUGCACACUAUCGAUUAUUUCUACACGAUAAGUGCACCUCUCAUAAAUUUUUUGAUUUGUACAAAAUCUUUAGUUUGCGUGAGCCUCUAAUUUUAUCUGACAUUACUGCAUCCAAGUCAACCCACUUUUCUCAAUUGAAAAAAAUUUUACUUUUUAGAACCUUGAGAGUAGGGAUGGAUACUUCAACGGUCUGGUUCAACUAUGGUUUUACUGAUCAACAAGGACCCAUGAAAGAUGUUAAAAUUGACUCUGUAAUCCUAGAGAAAUUUUGCAAUUUCAUCAUUCAAAAAUUAAAAAUCAAAGUCGAUUUUAUUCCAAAAAACCAGAUAAAUAUUGUAAUUUUAAACAGAAAAAUCAAUAGGAAAAUUAUUAACAUUUUAGAACUGAAAGAAAGAAUUGAGACUAAAUCUUCUGAAAUUUUUCAGAGAAAAAUUGGUGUUGUUGAAACUGAUCUGUUCAAUAACACAGUGCAAAAUUUAAUCACACAAAUUCUGGAAGCUGAUAUAAUCAUUGGUAUGCACAGCUCAACGAUGAUUUUGACAAUUUUCAAUAUUUUGAAGAGGAGAACUUUAAUUUUUGAACUUUUUCCUUUUGGAAUUCAGCCUGAGUAUGUAUCUUUCCUAUAUCCUCUCAGGGCAAUUUUCAACCCACAAAUCAUCCUCAAAUUUUGGAAAAAUCAGAAUGAAGAAAAUUCUGUCACACACCCAAACAAUGAUAAAUUAUUUGGUGGGUUACAGCAUCUACCUCUGUCUGAACAGAAGAAUAUUAUUGCAACCCAAUUAAUUCCUUCGGUAAAAUGUUGUCAUGAUCCAGCUUAUCUAUUCCGCAUGUAUCAAGAUACUAGAGUGGGAGAAGAGUUUAUGAGGUUCUAUCUCUCAGGGAUUCAGGAAUUCAAUGAUUAUGCGGAAGAAAAAAGUAAGGAGAAAAAAUGGUUUUUUCCAACCCCAGUUUCUAAUGUGCAAUGUCUCUUUAAAAGUUCAGAGGUUCUCAUAGAAUGGGAACCCCCCCAAAAUACUGUUUUUUACACUGUAAAGUACGAAAUAACAAUAUCAAUGCAAGGAAGUAAUCUGCUUGCUUUUAUUGUGGAUGAAAAUAAAUUGAUUCUUGGUUCAAAAUAUUUUGAAAGUUCAAAAAGACCACUCAAACUCUCUAUUUGGAUUAAAGGUGUAGUUUUAGAAUAUAGUGAAGUAGACAGUUCAGAUACAUAUACAGUCUGUACUGAGGAAGAUUGAAUGAAUGAUAUUAAAAAAUUAUAGCAAAAUUCUCAAAUUCAGUUACACCUUUAAGCUUAAGUCCAAGUAUCCUUCAUUUCUGAUUAUUUUCUGUCUUAAAUUUGAAUUCUACAAGUUGUGUCUGUGGCGGUUUGUUAAGUGCUUUCUGAUUUGUUAACUGAAUUAAUGAUUUUUGCCAUUCUCUCAUGUGGUUUUCACUCUCUGUAAAUAAUUUAUCUUAAAAUGUGUUGGAUGCUACACGUUUCAAAUCAGCAUUAAAUACUUGAGGAAAUUAUGAUUAGUUGAAGUAUAAUAAAUGCCAAACUUGUCAAUAUAGUACAAGCAGAACAGCAAGCAUUAGAAUACCUGCAAAAGCUUGCAGAAGUGGUCAACCCCCCCCCCCUCAGUUCAAAAGUAUUAGGAAUAUUGUUAAACCUAAUGCAAUCUCCCCUUAAUACAAAAGUAUGUGCACUUAGGAAAAGUAUGUGGUUAUUUUUUCCGUCAAAUAAACAAGGUACAAUAUGAAUAAAAUGUGUUUACAGAAGGAAAAAUUUAUUAAUUUUCUCUACCUAAAAACUAAAAUGACUUGCUCAGUACUUGAAACAGAAAAUGUUGAGUUAAAAUUUAUAAGAAAUAUAAUGGGGGAAAAAAAUAACAAAUCAAUGAAAAUGGAACAAUAAUAGAAAAACAUUACAUGUACACUAUCUCACAAACCUUAUUUUCUAUAACUAAUAUUAAAUACAAAAUUACCAAAUCAUGGACAA